AUGGCGGAAACGACGGAUCUUGGUCGGUGUUUGACAAUUUGAAACGUCGUACUUUUUGCUCGGAUUUUUAGCGUCGCGAAUGAAUCGAAAUAUCAGAAAUUCAGUAGCGAUCUUAACAUUAAUCGCAGAUGCCUACAUUCAGUGAAACCCACUAGCCAUAUUUUGAAAAUCUGGAUAAUGGGGCGAACGAAAAGGGAACGCAAGGCUAGCAGUUCAGAGAACGAGUCUGAUAGUUCCAAGGACGAAGGUUCGUCGAAUUCAAGUGAUGCCAAAGAACAAGCACCGCCUUCGCCGAAGCAGCGCAAGAGGCAGAUGGAGAAAGAAGACCGCGUAAGGCCAAAGGAAAUGCGCCAGGACAGAAAUGUAGAAAGAUCAAGAUGGGAAAGCCCGGACGGAAGGAAGCGGAAGCAGAGUCCUCAGUCUCAGAACCAACGGUACCCGGCGUCACGUGACGACAGAAGAAAGGGUCACAGAGAGCGCCAGGAUGGCGGAGAGGCCAGAACCAAGUGGGAGAAAAAGGAGAGAGACAGAGAUAUAGACAGAGAUUUGGAAAAGCGAAGGAAGGAGGAUAACCGCAGCCAAAAUGAAUCUGACAACCAGCGGAGGCGGGAACGCGAUGCUCCGGAAAGGUCGAACAGAAACUACAACGGUGAAAAUCGACCCGUCGAUAGGUUUGACGGCAGAAGGCAGAACGAAAGGAAGUCCCCUCGGCGAGACGAGAGGAACAGGGGGUUUGAAGAGCGAGAACGAGGUAGACAUAACAGCGGUAGAGGUGGCAGGCGAGGGGGUAGAGGAAACAGAUUCGGGGAUGGCGAUGGGCCGAGAAGCAGUUUCGACGGCUCCAGAGUAAAGGGUGAGCCGUCGCCGGAAUGGGGAAAAGCGGAUAUGAAAAAGGAGAACAACGGGAAGCCAAUUGAGAAAGAGAAGCCAAAUUUCGAGCCUUCUGGAAAGUUGACGGAAGACGCAAAUACUGUGAACGGUGUGGUGAUAAAAUACACAGAACCAAUGGAGGCGCGAAAGCCGAAGCGCCGUUGGAGACUCUAUCCCUUCAAGGGUGAAAAGGCGUUGCCCACCCUCUAUGUCCAUAGGCAGUCUGCUUACCUGAUGGGCAGGGAUCGCAAGGUUGCGGAUAUUCCUCUGGACCAUCCGUCUUGCUCCAAACAGCAUGCCGCUCUGCAGUUUAGGCUUGUCUCAUUCCAGAGGGAAGAUGGCGGCGAAGGAAAGAGGGUCAGACCGUAUUUGAUAGACCUAGAAUCUGCCAACGGCACUCAUGUCAAUGACAUCAAACUCGAGCCUAAAAGGUAUCACGAGCUCUUGGAGAGGGAUGUUCUGCGCUUUGGAUUCAGCUCUCGGGAAUACGUUCUUCUGCACGAACAGAGUAAGGAUGAUGCUCUGGAUGAUGACGUCCCAUUUACAUCUGCUGUUCCGAAAUGAGCUGAACGGGCUUACUGAGCAUACGCGGUGCUCGAAGAGGUGGAAUGUCAAUGUAGAACGAUGAUAUUGCAAUUUUAUGGAACGCAGGUGUAUCGUUAGAUUGCAUCGGUAGUUUGUUGGCAACGAGCGCUGGAAGAGUGUUUUGAAGUUUUAGAAAGAUUAAAUGUAAAUGAAUAGAUCUUGAUGAAAUAUUUUAUAGAUAUUUUAAGAUCAAGGAAUCGAGAAAUUCGGAUUGUUAUUUCUUCAGAAUUGUUUACUUUAUUGUCAAUCCUGAUUCACAAACUUUGUAAUGUUCUAUCCGGUAAGACAUGGCGUACAAAAUUGAACCUGUACACUACCAAUGUGAAAAAUAAAACAAUCGCAUAAAUUAAAAAUAUAAAAUGUCAUGAA